UGGUUUUGCAGUCGUUGCGCAAACACAUCGUUGGUCGCGGGAACGUCGAGUCUAUAUCCCCAAAUCCAUUCAGCCUAUUCGUCUCCUUAGACUUGAGACAUAAUUUGCGCUGAUCUGUCUUCCCCAAAAAGGUAGACACGUUUUGUUAAACCACGGGCUCCGGUCUAUCUUGCUGCGUUCUUUCUGAUUUCGACCAAAGAAACAAAUUUGAACUUGGCACAAUGAGUUCUCCAUUGAAUCAACCAGGAUCUCCAGGCAUGUUGCGUCGUUCGAAUAUGGGUCAACAAGGAUCACCAGUCAUGUUGCGUCGCUCGAUGAGCGGCAGCUCCGGAUUGAACAAUCUGUCCCAUUCCGGAAGUUUCGUUCGUCGCAACAACGACCGCGACGGAAUGGGCAACAACGUCGGAGUCAGUCCCGGUGGCAACAACGCGGCGUACCGCGCCUCAUUGGUCUCGCACUACGCCGAAGAUUUGGAUAGACGUCGCCGCGCCGAGCGAGCUGUCGAAGAGAUCCGUACCGACGGAAGUAUGCCAUCAGAUAACUUGAAGAUCGAGUCUGUUGAGCUGUUCCCGCGAGACAACGCCCGUGAGCAUCGCACUGAUCGCUACGAAAUGGUUUUCGACAACGGCCGUGAGAUUGGAUCCUCGUCAUCGAUGAUGAUGUCCAGGUCGAUGACCAACAUGGCUUCCAUGUCGUCGAUGUCGCCAAUGUUGUCGAUGGACUACCGUUCAUCUUGCGCUCCGUCGACAACCGUUCUUCGUCGUGGCCAGCCUUUCUUCUUUGCUGUGCGCAUGAAGGAUCGUAACUUUGAUCCUCGCCGGGACAUCUUGAGGGCAUCGUUCACUUUUGGCCCGAAUCCUCAGGUGACCAAGGGAACCAAAGUCGUUUUGCCUUUCCGCAUGACUCAGCGCGAAUUCAGCCGGGCCCCGCAAAAGUGGGAUAUGCGUCUCCAUCAGCAGGAGGGAUUCAACAUCACUUUCCAAGUUCACAUUCCCGCCAACGCUUUGGUCGGAUUAUGGCGAGUGAACAUUGAAACGACCACGACGACGCCAGGCGCCCGCGUCGACGAAUUCCGUUUCAAAGAUGACAUUUACAUCUUGUUCAACCCCUUCUGCCGCGACGACCCAGUUUACUUGGACAACGAGGAGCUCCGCAGGGAGUACCUCAUGAACGAGACUGGCAAAGUCUUCGUGGGCACUCACCACCGCCCCAAAGGCCGCCGUUGGGUCUACGGACAGUUCUCUGACGUAGCCUUGCCAGCAGCUCAACUUUUGCUGGAACAGUCCGGUCUCAACCCAACGGAGAGAGGCAACCCCGUCCAAGUCGUCCGCGCCAUUGCUUCCAUCAUCAACGCCAACGAAGGCUUUGGUCUGUUGGAAGGCAAAUGGGAGGGCUCGUUCGAGGAUGGAGUUUGCCCGUGGGUCUGGACUGGAAGCUCCAAAAUCUUCGAGCACUACUUGCGCAACGGAUCCAAGCCAGUCAAAUACGGACAAUGCUGGGUCUUUGCCGCCGUCGCUACUUCCAUCUUCCGCGCUUUGGGUAUUCCAUCUCGUCCCGUGACCAACUUCGUUUCCGCACGCGAUACCAACCACACCCUGUCCGUCGACAAGUACUUUGACAUUUUCGGAGAUGAGAUGAAGGGUGGCCCAGAUGGCGACAAUCAGGAUGCCAUUUGGAACUUCCACGCUUGGUCUGAAGUUUGGAUGUCCCGACCCGAUCUCCAAGCCAACUGCAAUGGAUGGCAAGCAAUUGACCCCACUCCCCCACCCCAUUUCUGGCAGAAGAACUCCGGAGGUGACCAAAAGAGCCGUGGACCUUUGGCCGUUGAAGCCUUCCGUCGUGGCCCCUCUUCCGUCGAGUCCGUUCGUCGUGGUGACAUCGGAUUCGCCUUCGAUACCCCAUACCUGUUUGCCGAAGUCAACGCUGAAGUCAGUCACUUCCAGGAGGACGAAACUUCUCACUGGGGAUUCAGGAAGAUUCACGUCAACAACUACCAGGUCGGCCGCAUGAUCUUGACCAAGCGACCGGGAGCGGACGAUGACGUCAGCGAUGCCGACGCCGAGGAUAUCACUAGUCUUUACAAGAACCCCGAUGGCAUGUCCCGCUACCAGAAACAGGGCGACUUCAACUACCACUUUAACCAGGGAAUGUCGUCACCCUACCUGGAAAGGAGAGACAUGAGAGGAGGAGAUUUGAGAGAAAACAGGGACAUGAUGCAUUACCCAGGAGCAUCAGUGCGCCGUUUGAGCAUCAACGACGUCAACCGCAAACCCUGGUACGAUGAGUCGCGUCACCCCAACGACUCGGGCAGUUCGGCGGCGGAACGCGUUUCGGCCAUGAACGCGGCUCGCAGCGUCGAACGAACUCAGCCAAUGUUCGACAACCGUCCCGUCAACGAAGAUGUUUACUUCGACUUGAUUGAGCAAGAGAAAGUUGCCUGGGGACAGCCCUUCAAUCUCCAAUUUCUCAUUCAGAACCGUUCCCAAGAAAUGAGGACCAUCACGACUAUCCUGUCGGCCAACUCUGUUUACUACACCGGAGUCACCGCUCGUCGUCUUGGUCGCAGCGAUCGUCAAUUUGUUCUUCAACCCGGAGGCCGCGAAACUCUGCAAGUGCGCAUCAGCUGGGACGAAUACCGCGACAAAAUCGUCGACUACGGCCACAUCAAGAUCUUUGCCAUGGCAUCCGUGCAAGAGACUAAGCAGUCGUGGAGCGAAGAGGACGACUUCCAGCUCGAGAAACCCAAAUUGGACGUUCAGAUCCGAGGAAACCCGCAGGUGGGCCAGGAUUGCUUUGCCACGUUCAGUUUCAUGAACCCCAUAUCCGUUACUCUGACCGAGUGCGAGUUCACGUUCGAAGGACCCGGUCUGGUUCGCGCUCAGACUGUCAAAUACCGUGACGUGAAACCGGGAGAGAUGAUCAGCUUCGCCCACAAGUUCCUUCCGCGAUUCAGCGGCGAGCGCAAAUUGGUCGCCUCUUUCAAUUCUCGCGAAUUGGGCGACAUUAUCGGCUCUCGCCCCAUUCAUGUCCGUGAUUAAAUCGAGAUAACUCAAUUUGAUCAUCCAACCCAACGGACGACAUGGAAACCCCCUCGACAUUCUCUGGACCUUGAAACGAACUUUGGACUUGCCCAUGGAACAGUGUUGCAAAUUAGUCAAGUAACUCUCCUAUAUUGCUGCCUUCUAUGCACUCUUUACAACCCUACUAUUUCAUGACAUAUUUUACUCCUGCUGUAUUCAAUUAUAACUACUCUCUUUCCUCCUUUAACCAUUGGUGUUGGUUUUUUUACAUGACUAUUAUAAUCCCUUUCUGGUUUGUUGGUUUAGUCAGCCAGAAUAAAUUUCAUCAACCAGA